AUGAAAUUAAAACUUUCCACGUUUAUUUUGUUAUUUUGUUACGACUACGUACAUUCAUCAUUCUGUUACUGGAACUCUGGUUGCCCUUACAAGUUUUUAUCAAGUUAUACGCCCUAUAGUACGAUUAGAGGUGAUAUACGAGAUUCGAAUAUCAAAAUAAAAGGAUGUGAACCGAUUAAUAUAUGGGGUAUAAUGAGACACAGCAAAAACUAUCCAUUAAAAGAGUUUGGAAAGAGUAUAGAAGAAGCGUUAACGAUACGAGACCUCGUCAUUUCAAGUUAUAAUUCAGGAAACAGUUCAAUAUGUUCUCAAGACAUACAAAAUUUAAGAAACUGGAAAUUAAAUAACAUCAUAAUUGAAAACGCAAAUGAUUUAACAAGCGAGGGACAAGAAGAGAUGCUAGAAUUUGGGAAAAGGCUUCAAAAUGCAUAUCCGACAUUAUUAAAUAGCCUGGAAAGCCAUUACUCUUUCCGAUCUACUCCUGAUAAAAAGACCGAAAGUAGUGCAAAGAGUUUUGCCGAAGGAUUGAAAAUAGAAAACUUUGAUUUGGAAACAUCGAAAAAUAAUGACGACAUUGUAUUUCCACUGCACACUUGUUUGAGAAAUAAAGAGGAAGCUGAAAAAAAUGACAAUUAUGUCCAAGUCGUUAAAUAUCGUAACAGUCCUGAAUAUUUGGCGGCAAAGGACAGAUUACAAAGGCGUCUUGGUAUUGAUUAUCCUUUUACAAAUGAAAACAUAAAAACUUUAUAUGACCUAUGUCGUUUUGGUUGGUCUGGACUUGAAAUAAAAAUAAGUCCUUGGUGUGCAUUAUUUACGACCGAUGACCUAAAAGUCCUUGAAUACAUCGAAGAUUUAAGGUACUAUUAUGGAAGCGGUUAUGGUGAUUCUUUAAAUAUAAAGCGAGGACAAAUCGCGUUAACAAAUUUGUUAGAUAACUUCGAAAAUGCAAAGAGAGGUGUUGGUAAAAAGAUAGUCACGUAUUUCACUGACGCGGCGAAAAUAAAUGAAGUUUGCAGUGCUCUUCAUCUUUACCGCGAUGAAAAUCCUCUCACGGGCUCUCGAAGGGAUCCCCACAGGAGGUGGAGGUCUAGCAUACUGUCUGCUUUUUCAGCAAACUUGUUUGCAGUAUUAAAUAGAUGCACAAUAAAGAACGAGCCUGAUUACAAUGUUGUGUUCUAUUUGAACGAGGAGCCGCUGAGAUCAGUUUGCGAAUACGGUGUUUGUUCUUGGCAAGAGUUCGAAAAUAAAUUGACGCCAUUUUUAAAUGUCACAAAAGAUGUGUGUUAA